UUUAUUGAUCUGUUAAUUUCGGAUUCGCAUUUGAAAAAUUCACAUGUAGGCCCAAACGCUCUUUUAGCCAUAUUACAACGGGACUAUUGGAUUCUCUCGGCCAGAAGAGCGGUAAGAAAAAUCACAUUCAAAUGCAUUUCGUGCUACAAAUUAAAGGGACUCACAACCCAACCCUUGAUGGGAGAUCUGCCUAAAGACCGCGUUUUAGCGGCUAGACCCUUUCAAGGCGUGGGAACCGACUUCGCAGGUCCAUUUUAUGUAAAGUCUCAUAAGUUGCGGAAUCCAGGGGUCACCAAGGCCUAUUUGUGCGUAUUUGUAUGCCUGGCCACUAAGUCCGUCCAUUUAGAAUUAGUUUCGGAUUUGUCUUCGGAGGCCUUUAUCGCCUGUCUCUCUCGCAUGACCUCGCGACGCGGUUUUCCAGCGAUCAUUAGGUCAGAUUGUGGGUCAAAUUAUAAGAGCAGUGACAGAUAUUUAAAGGAAGUUUUCCAAUUUUUGGAACAAAAUCAAUCACAAAUCGGUCAUGAUUUAGCUCGGCGCGGUAUAACCUGGAUCUUCGAUCCUCCCGCGUGCCCGUCGUGGGGCGGUUUAUUUGAGGCGGCCGUAAAGUCGGCCAAGACGCAUUUAAAACGUACUAUUGGGGAAACAACUUUGACCUUCGAGGAACUUAGUACGGUUUUCUGCAAAAUCGAAGCAGUCUUGAACUCACGGCCUUUGUGCCCUCUGUCUUCGGACCCAAAUGACCUAGAGGUUCUGACCCCAGGUCAUUUUCUUAUCGGACAACCGCUAACAGCGCUUCCAGAGUACCCCUUUCAGGAUGAAAAGACGUAUAAAUUAUCUCGCUUUCAGUUGCUACAGCAACUAUCUCAAAGAAUUUGGCAUCGGUGGCAUUUGGAAUAUCUUCACACCCUACAACAGCGAUUGAAGUGGACUGACCCAGCUGUCCCACCUAAAGUUGGGGAUUUAGUUUUACUAAAAGAGGACAAUGCGCCACCUCUUCAAUGGCGCCGCGGUCGGAUAGUAGCGUUGUAUCCUGGGAAGGACGGCGUGGUCAGGCUCGCAGAUGUACGGGUAGCGAAGGGUACAGUUUUGCAACGGGCAAUCUCCAAAUUGUCUCGUUUGCCCUUAGAUUAGCUUUGAUUAGGUUUAUUUUCGAUUUGGUUUAGGCUUAAAUAGUUGUUAGUUUUUAUUAGGUUUUCGGAAGCAGUUGAAGACUGCUUGGGCGGGGGAAUGUUUGGUAAUUACUAUUUAAGCGGCAACUCCAGCUGUCGUUUGCCGUCUGACAGGUGACAGUG